AUGCACUUCAUCAACAACUUCUCCGUGGCUCUGGUCGCUGCUCUGGCCGCCACUGCUCAGGCUGAGCGUCAUCUGCGCCAGCGUCAGUUCCACCGCCACGGCGGCCGCGACAAUGAGCUGCCCACCGUCUACAGCACUGUUGGCUCUUCCUCCUCGGCUGCUCCGGUUCCCGUUGCCUCCAGCAGCGUUGCUCCCAUCCCGGCCGGCUCGAGCACCUCCGUGCCCAUUCCUCUCGGCACUGGUGCCGCUAGCUCUGGCUCUGCUGGCUCCGCUACCUCCGACGUGACCGUGACCUACACUGUGGGCACCGGCACUUCCACCAGCGUCGUCACCACCACUAUUCACCACACCGCCACCAACGAGCACACCGUUUGGGCUACUGAGACCCCAGCCGUCGAUGGCCACUCCCAGCAGGGCUCCGGUGAUGAGGGCGAGACCACCAUCACCCGCCACUCCACUGCCACCGUGACUGCCACUCUCGUCGAGGCUCCCACCAGCGAGGCUGCUGGCGGUAACGGCCAGACUUGCGGCCCUGCUUCCACCGUCACCGUGACUGCCACCGAGACCGUCACUGUCAACAAUGGUGUCACCUCUGUCCCCACUGGCGCCAACCACGAGCAGACCAGCAGCUCCAGCAGCGAUGCCGCCGACACAGAGACCUCUUCUGUUGUGCCCAUCCCUAGCGCCACCCCUAGCGCCCCCUACGGCAACGGCACCUUGCCCAUCCCCCACUCCAGCAGCGCCUCGCGCUUUGCGACCAGCUCCGCCGUCCCCUCCAGCUCCGUCAGCUUCACCAUCCCCAGCGCUGCUCCCACCCCCUCCGGCACCCCUAGCUCCUUCCGUCCCUCUUUCCACCGCCGCUUCCUGUAA